UCCGGCCACCGGCCAGCGCCGUGUCGAUCAUCGGUCGACGUCGCCCCCCUAUUUAGCCGGUGCCUCUCUCUCCCCGGUGCAAACCCUAGCUACUCUCACCCCCUCGGCCAGAUCUCUUCCUCCCGAACGCCUCCGUCGCCGUUCGUCGCCCACCACUGCGGUGACCGGUGCCCCCGUUCCCAUCCAUCUGGUCCAAUGGAACCGCCGCGGUCGUCCAUGUCGAGCUAGCCCGCUGGAUCAAGCCGUGAUGGCCCCGCAGCUCCGCCCCGACCUCGUCUUCGACCUCGGUGCCCGAAGCUCGCCGCCGCCAAUCCACUCUGCCCCGAUCCCUUUCCGGCAUCCCCUGCAGCUCCUAAACCUCUCGCCGAGCCUCCUUGUGCUCCUCGUGAUUGAAGAACAUGUCGGAAAAGAAUCGAGACGCGGAAAGGAUGAAUCGCGAAGGUGGCGCUGAUGCUUGGGGUUCUCAAAGGCCAGAAACACCGCCUUGGGAUGCAGCAGAGUAUAGUCAACUCAUCUCUGCAGGGCUGUUGCUGCCACUACUAGAACAGUAUGCAGGUUCUUAUGACCAAAACACUCUCAGGGGGGCCCCAUGGCAAGUUCAGUCACAAGGCGCUAACACUGACAUAUGUACGGGCAACCAACCUCAACUAGCUAGUAUGGCUAAUCAAGGGCCUUCAUGCAGCACGUGGCAUCAGCCAGCACCCAUGUACCUGCCAUCGACGUCAUACACAGAACCUACAACUACAGUGAACAGCGGUGCGGGGACAUCUACUGCGGGGAGCUCUGAGCACACGGAAGACGCGUUCCACCAGCCAGCAGACUGUCAUGCCGCAAACAAUUUCGAGUCAGAGUCGGGAAUGGCAAUCAUUCCAGCAAUGCCGACGAGCACCCCUUUGAACACAAGCACUAGCAACACUCGAGUAAAUGGAACUGCCACCGAUACUGAAGUGAAUGAUGAAACUGACGACGACGCACAAGAGGAUGAAGAUGGUGGGCAAUCCGAGAUCGUGGUACCUCAGCCACCAUACAUUGGUCAGAGAUUUGGAUCGUUCGCAGAAGCAAAGGAAUACUACCAGGCAUACGCAAAGUUCCAUGGAUUUGCGGUCAACACCGAGUACCAUAGGAAAAUUAAGAAAACUAAUGAGUACAGCAGAGGUGAGAUGAGGUGCCACAAGGCACGGAGGAACAAGAAGGGGAAGGUGUUGCGCCUGUCGUUCCGGAACGAAAGAGAGGCAUCAUUCUCAAGACGGGGUGCCCUGUCCGGUGUAAGCUAAACGUAGAUGGAGCAACAUGGGUGGUCAAUGAGUAUUUUGAUGAGCACAACCACGAACUCAUAAAGAAGUUUGACCUGGUGAAAUUUCUGACCGCCCAGAGAGGGUUCACCCCCGUCGAAAGGAAAUUCGUAAAGCUGCUACAUGAUUGUAACGUCGGUCCAUCAAGAAUGGUACAGAUACUAUCUCUCAUCCACAGCAAAAAGGGGACUCUGAGUAGCAUGUCGUACAUACCAGCUGACGUCACAAACCUACAGGCCAAGUACCGUAGAGAGAGCAAGUUGGCAGACAUAGAGGCCACAAUAGCCUACUUCGAUGCGAAAGCAAAGGAAGAUCCAGAUUUCUUCUACAGGAUAAGGUUGGACGAUGAGGACCGUGUCAGGAACAUGUAUUGGGUGGAUGGUGCUGCAAGGAGAGCCUACAAACAUUUCCGAGAUUGCAUUUCAUUCGACGCGAUGUACCUCACCAAUAUGUACAAGAUGCCAUGCGCUCCGUUCAUAGGAAUAAAUAACCACAAUCAGUCGUUGCAGUUCAGAUGCGGCCUCGUCCGGAACAAAGACACAGAUGGGUACGUUUGGCUGUUCAAGACCUUCUUGGAGUGCAUGGAUGGACUUGCUCCGAUGAACAUAAUAACGGACCAAGAUUUCAGCAUGCAUGCAGGCAUAGAGGAGGUCUUUCCGUUGGCAGUGCACAGGCACUGCAGGUGGCACAUUAUAAAGAAGGCUGAGGAGACGCUAGGACCGUUCUUUGCCGACCGUCCAGAGCUGCAUAAGGCAUUCGAGCUGUGCGUGGACCACAGCUUGACGGUGGAGGAGUUUGAAAGGAGCUGGAUGGCCAUGACUGAAACACAUCAAGUCCAGGACAACGAGACUCUUGUUAGCCUGUGGGAGAAGCGAAUGUACUGGGUGUCGGCCUACUUCAUGCAGUGCUUCUUCCCCUUUCUGC